UAGCACCUGGCUCUAGGCUUUCAACCAUUUCUCUACAUUAGGCUACUUGACUCCACGUCUCAGCGGGAGUCAAGAACUUCUCUUAUUCUUUCUGAACAACUUAUUAGAGUUUGAGGAAAUAAGUGCAAUGUCUAGACGUCGCAAAGAGUCAGACGAUGACUCUGAUUUAAAUUUUGACUGGUCUUCCAAAGGGAAAUUAGAAUCGAAAAACCGGGAUCCCUUUAGCGAUGAUGAAACCGAAGAAGAUGGAAGUGAUUGGGAUUUGGAAAAUAAUGGAACUUUUGCUAAGUCUUCCUCAUUUACCACUACUGAAGAAUCUGAGACUGAAUCUGAAUCAGCAGAAUCUGAUUCGAAUGAAGACCCUUUAGAUGAGUACGGCGAUGAUUUGAUUAAAGAUGAAGAGGAUAGACAGAAAAUUGCGGCGAUGUCUGAACUUGAUCGAGAAAAAGUUUUAUACGAGAGAAGUCAGGCGCGAGAAGAGGCCAGAGUUAAAAGAGAGACUAAGCAAAAGCUGAGAGCUCGAAAAAAGCAGGAGAAGACACAAAAGAAAAAGGAUAUAAGAAAAAGGCUUAAAGGUUCACUGAAGUCUAGGCGCUUGCGAGUUCUAAAAAAGACUGAAAGAUUUAAGGAGCAACAACUUAUGCUAAAAGAAACUGCUUUUAAGAACAAAGGGAAACCGAUACAUAAGGGUGCAGACUUGGAAAAGAGCGAAGGAAAAACCGAUGGUGAAGUUGAGCACUACCUGGAUUCUUCGAAAAAACCUUUUAAAUCUGCUGAAAAGAUCUGGGAAGCCACUUUGGCGGCCAUUGAGAGCAUUCGCAUAUCGAGAGAUCAUUUGGAAAAAUGGGUGGAGCAGCCGUUUUUUGAGGCGACGACUCCCGGCUGCUUUGUGCGCGUAAGCAUCGGCUCCAGCGGCCUCGGAAAGCCCUAUGACACUGUAUUCCGCUUAGUCCAGAUAAUUGGCAUCGAGAAAGGGAAAGAGUACCAAUUAAACGGGAAGCCAUGCAACAAGUACUUGAAGGUUCGCUACGUGCAUGCCACGAGGAAGUAUGCCAUCAAGUACGUUUCUAAUCAACCAAUCAAAGAGCACGAAUUUACUAAAUGGAAGGAGGACAUGCUUAAAGAAAAAGUAUCCUUUCCUUCAGAAAAAUUUGUGAAGCAGAAAGUUGAUGAUCUGCACAAAGCGUUAAACUAUAUAUGCACUUCUGAAGAUAUUGAAAAAAUAGUGCAGGAAAAGAAAAGAAUGAAUCGUUACAGAGUUCGAAACUUUGCAUUGGAGAGAAAGAGACUUUCUGCAGAAAGACAAAGAGCUCUUCACGAGGGAAACUUUGAGUUGGCUGUAAAGCUUUUAACAGAAAUAGAAGAAAUUAAUAGGAAAGCCAGAGAAAAAGACUUGGAAGAACUGGAAAAGCACAAUACUCUUAGCGCCAUCAAUAAACGAGCGAGAGAACAAAACGUUGUGGUUCAAAUUAAAAUUGCUCUUCCUGACUCCAGCAAAAUUAUAAAAGAACAACAGAAGAUUAUAGAGUGGAAGCAAGAAGAAGAAAAUCGAGCUGAAGUAUUAAGAAGAAAAAACAUUGACUCUUUAGAUUUAUUUGAAAUGCACAAUUUUGAUUUUGAUGUGGACGUGAGCCCAACUGAAAUUUUGGAAUUCAAGACGCAAGGGUGUCCAGAAAUUCCGUUGCCUGCGUGUUGGUUUCCAAGCCGGUAUCAAGCUUUGCUCAAGUACAAAAAGGAGCACAAUUUAUUAUAA